CGGGCACAACUCUGCCCGCGUUUCUAUCCACGGGGUUCGUCUACGUGAGCAGGAGACCGGAGUCGAGUUCUCCACUUUGAAUAAACAAGGACUGCGUUCCUGCACUCGUGUCGGCUUUCCAGUGAAUCAGUGAUGAGAGUGGCCGAGAGCACAGGCGGACGCUUUUCUCCCGUGCGGACCCGCCGAGCGCAAAAGUGCGCGCCCUGGUUCGUCUUCGUCUCCAUCCUCCGCUCCUGAGAUCAACCCAAAUCCAAAGAGGCGCGCUGAGAUCCCCCACGAACCCCCCUCGUGCGAGAUGUGCCGCAGACUGAUUCGUCCUCUGUCUCCAGUUCAUAUUCAAUGGCAGACAAAGACUGCAUUUCUUAGCACCACUGAGUUCAGACAGUCAGCUUUGGUCCACAGCUAAGCCACAGCCUUCUUUCUUGCUACUGACUCUUUGCAAGUCUCCACUUCAGUCCAUCACCAUGGCCUGUUUUCUGGCAUCAGCCUUUCUCCUGGUUCUUCAGACAUACGCUGCCCCACCUGAGGCAGGAUUUGGGAUUACACUGGACACCGUGGACCUUGACACCGGCCUACUAGCGAAUGUCUCUGGAGAUGUAACCACAUCUCCACCCCCGGGAACAAGCAAACGAGCCCCACAUAGUAUCAUUAUUGGGGUACGCAAAGGUGGCACAAGAGCGCUGUUGGAGAUGCUGGACAUACACCCUGAAGUGGCUGCCGCCGCCACCGAGGUGCACUUCUUUGACUGGGAUGAGAACUACGCCAAGGGCUUUGAGUGGUACCGUGAGUUAAUGCCCUACUCUUACCCACACCAGAUCACAAUAGAGAAAACUCCAGGCUAUUUCACUUCAGCCCUUGCACCCGAACGCAUCUGUGCCAUGAACUCUUCCAUUAAGCUGCUGCUGAUCUUGCGAGACCCAGCUGAGCGGGUCAUCUCCGACUACACCCAGGUGUACUUUAACCGGCUGGAGAACCACAAGCCGGUUCAAGCCAUUGAAAACCUGCUAGUGCGCAACGGAGCGCUGAAUAUGAGGUACAAGGCCAUUCAGAGGAGCCUGUACGACGUCCACAUGCGUAACUGGCUGCGCCACUUUCCCUUAGAACAGAUACACAUAGUAGACGGUGACGCUCUGAUCCGUGACCCCCUCCCAGAGCUUCAGAGGGUGGAGCGUUUCCUUAACUUGCCACCCAGGAUAGUAUCCACCAACUUCUACUUCAAUCAGACCAAGGGGUUUUACUGCAUCCGCAGUGAUGGCCGAGAGCGCUGUCUGCACGAGUCUAAGGGACGACCUCAUCCUGCUGUUAACAGCACUGUGCUCCAGCAGCUCCGCUCCUACCUUCAAGAACACAACCGCACCUUCUUCAGGCUGGUGAAGCGCACCUUCGACUGGCAAUAAAAAAACCCCAGUUCGCAUUCUUAACAGAGCCACUAUCUUGUCUGUGACGAGGACAAAACAUUUUAAAAAAAUGCGGGAGGCUAUGAAGCACUUUAAGGACGUUUAAAAACUUUUGAAUAGCCUCUUAAUAACUACUGUUGUAAUCUCUGGUUUCAGCAGAGGAGUUCUAUAUUUACACGAUAACGGCAAAAAAUGUGAAAAACUGUAACUACAGGCGUAAGAUUAAAAAGAAGAACCUUCAAGCUUAAUAAGUCAUUCUCUCUGUGCUGGAAGUGUUAAGUGGUGAAAUUGCAGUGAAUACAAGUUUAUGAAACAGAUGAAGUUUUUUUCCCCCUCUCCUUUGAUAUUCUUGUUCUUGAUAAUAAAUUGUUCUGCUUUGA